UGGUGUGUAGGAGGCGUGAUGAGGGCAACAUGGGAAAAUGUUAAGUCGUCAUAACCACCAACUACGUCUUUAUAAAUUACUAAUAACUCAUAACGUACAGAGGGUAAAAUUCAUCGUGAGCAUAAGAAAAACUUUGGUUAAACGAUGGAAAAGACUGUGGAACCUAAAAAAUUAAAUUUAACAUUUUCGGGCUGCGGGUUUCUUGGGAUUUAUCAUGUCGGAGUAGUGUGGGCUUUUAAAGACAGAGCUCCUUCAUUUCUAGAGCAAGUCGAAAAUGUUGGAGGAGCUAGUGCUGGCGCUUUGGCCGCUGGCUCGCUUCUUUGUGGCAUAAGUUUGUCUGAUUCGCUUCGGUUUACCUUACGUUUGGCAGAAUUUUCCCGAAGGUUUGCCACAGGACCAUUUCAUCCAAACUUUCAACUGACAACGCUCAGGAGAGCCUUUAAAAGAAUUAUUCCUGCCGACGCUUACAAAAUCUGUUCAGGAAGACUUCAUGUCUCGUUGACUCGUUGUAGUGAUCUACAAAACGUAAUAAUUUCAGAAUUUCAUUCAAACGACGAUCUCAUUGAUGCUUUAGCAGCAUCUGCUCAUGUCCCAUUUUACUCUGGAAUUGUACCACCAACCUUUCGAGGAGAGUAUCAUCUCGAUGGUGGCAUAACGGACAAUUUACCUCAACAUUUUCAAGGUGAAACAAUAACAGUGAGUCCAUUGAGUGGCGAAAGUGACAUCUGUCCUCUGGAUGACUCGAACAGUUUUAAUCAUUUCAUGUUCUCAAACACCAGCAUCCGUUUUAGUCUACAGAAUUUUUCUCGACUGUUUCGAGCCUUCUUUCCUCCUGACGUCCACGUUCUUGGUCAAAUGUGCAAACAAGGUUAUAAGGACGCCAUCAGAUAUUUGAAAUUACAUCAUCCCGAAUUCCUGAUAGAGAAGAAGUCGAAGUGCUCUGUGCAGGAGAUGAGUAAUUUUGGAAAUUUGCAAAAAUUCGUUUCGAAUGAAAAACUUCCCGUGAUAACGAAAGUAGAAAAAAAGAAAGUUGUAGCUAUCGAUGCCGUAGGAUCUUGCGGAGAAUGCGAUUUGGAUCAUUUUCUUGAACAGGCCAAGAUGGAAAUACUUCUUACAGAGAAAGAGUUGUCGUGUUUUUUAACAAGAGUUAUUUUCAGCGCUUUUUUCAAAACAUUUGUCAUGACUAUAGAAAUGUUGUCUGAUCUGGCAGAGAGCAUUCUUUUAAGUCUACCCAAGCUUUCUACUGGUGUGAACUUUCUUGAUCUUCUUCUUCAUACCGUCAACGAUGCAAUUGUUCACUAUGAAAUAUAUCAAAAGAGGGAUUCAUCUUCUAACGGUUGCUUCCACGAAACUCAGGUCUACAGGGCAAGUAUUUCGGAAUUCAAGUACAAUCGAAGGGAAAAGUUGUAUUCCGAUGAUUACGAAACAGCAUGCAGCGAGUCAUCUUUUGCCACGUGCGUGACAAAUUCCAACGGUACGGAAUCAGAAGAUGAUUUUGAGUCUUGGAGUUCGUCAAGUAGUGACACCGUAGUGGAGGAAUUUUCAUCUCUAAUGAAGUCAACUUUGAAAUAGAGAAACUAAAUUCCCGUCAGAUGUUAUGUCUCCGGUAAGACCAAGUGGGACAAGAUGUUACAAAGCCGAUGAAAACGUUUUCGUAGACUUGUGUAAAAUUUGAAAUCGAAAUAGUAAUUAGGAAGAUUGGUUGUAUAACCUUGUACAGUUGAUCAUUUCACUUUUUGUGAAAUUUGAUGUAAAAAGAUUGUUAUAUAUUAUAUAUCGAAGUAUAUAGGAACUUUAUGCAUGGCACAGCACGGUACGGCAGCCUGACAGGCGGUACUCUUUGACUGAAUUUCCAAAGUAGCUGCUAAGUAUUGUCGCUUCUUUAAACUCAAACCGUAUAUUUGCAGCACUGCUAGACUCGAAAUAAGAAAUUAGACUUAUGAAUAACGUAAUAUAAGCAUGAUAAAGUUUUAUUCUAAAAUAUAUAUUAAAUUUUGCGUGUUCAAAAUAUCAAUGAUUAGGUUUUCCAAGUUUUGCCGCAUGUGAUCGAACUGUAUUCAUUCCAUGGGCCAAAUUUUUCGUGAGAAAUGUUAAUUAUCUUCAUGUGCAGGACGCGGAUGUUGUUAGCAUUUAGUGAUUUUAUUGAAUUUUGUUGACUUUUAAAUUGGGAGGAUGAACUAUUACUCACAGGCAACGAGAACUUGUUACUUGAAAAAGAACAUUACUAGCUGGACUGGAAAAUGGUCGUAUCUUACUGAGAAAUUUUUGCUAGAGGAAUGAAGCCUUAAAAUAGGUUAAAUGCUAUAACUGCUAUGCAAACUGCAUUGAAUGUAUAUAAACAAAAUAUUAAAUAAAAACUGUUAAAAUA